UCUUGUGGGACCCUUUAUGUGUCACUGUUGUGUGUGCUGCAGUGACAAUGGGAGCUAAUGUGUGACAGUGCAUGUAGGGGUGGGGAAGAGAGAGGGAGGGAGAGAGAGAGAGAGUGGGUAGCUAGAAAGAGAUAGAGAGUGCACACGAGGCAAGAGGCGCUCCCUCUAAUCCCGGCUGGCUGCGACGCCAAACAGCAUUGCACCGGCUGCUACAAUAGUCUUAAUGGAGGCUCAGGCAGACUCUGGUGCUGCAGAGCCACUUAGAGACAGAGAGAUCCAGAAGCUUCUGAAGUCCUCCAGCUCUGCCAGUCUCACCAGUGAGGCAUCCCACAAUGCCUCAGGAGAGCAUGUUGGUACCCCAGCACAUCAUGGCAGCCAGGUGCUGAUCACCGAGAAGCGACAGCCUCUCAGCAGUGUGUCCUCUCUGGAGGUACACUUUGACCUCCUGGACCUGACGGAGCUCACAGACAUGUCUGACCAGGAGCUGGGGGAGGUGUUUGCUGAUUCAGAUGAGGAGAAUCAAACAGAAUCCCCAGCAAUUUACCCUGCAGAUCGCCAGCAUCCACCAUUACCUAGAUUUCCACACAGCGGUUACGUUCGCUCGCCAUCCUGGACCCGUGGUGGAAGAGGGGAACAGCAGUCAAGAGAUCGAAAGCACCACAGUGACUCCGAAAACACAGAGCCAGUGCUGAAGAUAGAGCGCUCCCAAUCCCAGCAGCCUUGAGCCAGGGGAAGCUACAGGGGCUUAGGAAGAAAACAAAAGCCCUUGUGCUGAAAGUGGAGCUUCCUUCUCAAGCAAGAAGAAGAGGAACUAUUGGAAUCAAAGGACAUGGUCAUUCCACCUAAAAAUAAUGCAAUCCCUUUGUCUAUUAUGGACAAGAAGAGAGCUCCAAUAAGCUGGGGUAAGUGUAGACUCUUCCUCAAGAUGCAACAGACUUCAUACAACUAGGAUUUUGGGACUCCUUUUUGGGACCGAGUUAC